AUGGUGUCUACCCAUGAGGAAGACAUCGAACUUCAACGGGCUUCUGGCUCUUAUCUUCUUGAGCUGAGGACUCUCUUGGGCCGCUGUCUUUGGAAGAAGUCCCAAUCAAACUCGCAUACAAUCUCGGUCCACCAUAGCAUCAAGGAACGAGACUUGAACCGAGUCCUUGCUUUAAUAAGCCCAUUCCAGGAAGACCCCCAAUUACUAGACUCGCACCUGAAGUAUCUUAUUCCGCCAUUGGUCGAAGCAUACCUGCUGUAUCUACAGUACAGCCCUAGACAUAAGCAAGUCUCUCAACAGGUGCAGCUUUCCAGUGCCAUAGGACUGAUCAUCGAUGUGUUCUGUAAAGUACGCGGCCAGAAAGUCAUUGUUGGUUUUCUGAACAACGAACCACGAUAUUUAGAAACCAUUCUAUCGCAGCUCGAAAUUUUGAGCCACGAUGACGAUCGAGCUUCAGACAUAACGACUGCAUCCGCGUGGCAAGAGCGGUAUGUUCUUCUGCUUUGGCUGUCUCAUUUGAUGCUGGCUCCAUUCGACUUGGCGACUAUCUCCUCCACUGCCAUUACUCAAGAGAAAACAUCACUAGAUCAUCCAAAACUGCCGCAAACACUCUCUAGUGUACCUCUCCGUGUUCUCCCAUUAUGUAUCAAGUAUAUGAGCUCUGCGACAAAAGAGCGUAAUGCGGCAAGCAGACUUCUCGUUCGACUCAUCUUGAGACCAGAUAUGCGUAAGAUCGGGCUCCUGCGCUCGAUGAUCCAGUGGUCGCUUGAUUUCUUCACACAUUCAUCGAGCGAAGUCUCAGCGAUUCAUGGCUACCUUGGCGUACUCACAUUCUUUAGCCAACUGCUCUCUUCUGGUACUGCCGAAGAAAUUGGAACGUUCAUUCCCGCGCUAUACCAGACCAGCCAGAAUGUCCUCGAUUCGCCUCAUCUGUCCGCUGUCCGAGCAUCUGCUGUAGCCAGAAAGCUACUCAUCAAGUGUUUUCGCACAAUCGUCGUUCAUGGGGUGCAGAACGAGGCUAUGCUUCCAGGUAUCGACCUCUCUGCGAUCCUGGAAGAGGUUAUCGAUCACCUGCUCCAAGCUCUGGCUGAUGGAGAUACUCCGGUGAGGCUAGCAGCAAGUAAAGCUCUGAGUACAAUCACCCUAAAACUCGACCCUGUACUUGCCGAGGAGGUCGUUGAGGCAGUCAUUGGAUCUCUUGCAGAGGACGUGCUUUGGCAUGAUUCAGAAAGGGACCUCAGCGCAGUCAACCCCCUGAGAUGGCAUGGCCUCACCUUGACGCUUGCACAUUUGCUCUAUCGGAAAGCACCGCCAACCUCCCAGCUUGCGGAUAUCCUCAAUGCUCUACUCCUGGCGCUAAAUUUCGAGCAACGGUCGUCGACCGGAAGCUCGAUUGGGACGAAUGUAAGAGACGCUGCGUGCUUUGGAAUCUGGGCAAUGUCACGGAGAUAUGCAGCUUCAGACUUAUCUGGUGUGCGCACAGUCGACAUCAAGGCGGCCGAUAUAAGGAAACACGGCAACAUAUCCGUCGUCCAGUUCCUUGCUAUCGAGCUUCUAGUCGCAGCAUGCCUCGACCCUGCUGGCAACAUCCGGCGAGGAUCCUCUGCUGCGCUGCAAGAAUUGGUCGGUCGACAUCCAGACACCAUCAUCCAGGGCAUACCAUUAGUCCAGAUCGUUGACUUUCAUGCUGUUGGCCUCCGCGACCGUGCUUUGCGUACUGUAGCCAUACAAGCAGCCAGACUUGAUGUUCUUUAUUGGCAGGGACUUUAUGAUAAUUUCUUGGGGUGGCGUGGGGUCGGAUCUGUUGAUGCAUCUUCUCGUAUUUCAAGUUCGGUUGGAAUUGCUUCUUUGAGCUCAUUCAUGGAUAUUGAGACGGUAGCAUCGAUGUUCCAACAGGUCAAGUGGCAGCUGUUGGUACUGCCAAAAAGAGAUGUGGAAGGGCGUCACGGUACUAUGAUGACUCUGUCCGCAAUAAUUGACAGAGGUAUGGAUGAUCUCCGCCGAUUGUCGCCUUGGGACAUUCUCAGUAGCCUGAAGCUGCAAGAGAAAGACUUCAGCUCGACCAUCUCCCGUCCUGAGCUUACCGCUUUUGCCGUUUGCUCUUUAAUUUCCUCCAUGGCGAAGUUCUCACACGUCAUCUAUGGACAGCAGCCAAACCUAGACUUAGAUGCCCGCACCCUCCAGCGCCAUCUGAACUGGUGCCUUCGACGAGACGAGAAAGACAUCCUGGGGAUGGCUCCAAGCGCAGUCGAGAACGUUCUACUUGCAACUAUCAGCGACCUGGCUCGAGUCACCACGGAAUGGCUAACAGUUCUCAAGCAAGGCGCAUCCUAUUCCGGUGCAAAAGGUGCUGGAUAUACAUUAGCCCUCGGCUCAGCAUACCACGUCCUAUCCACAGACAACCUCUCAACCACAUCAGAUCUCCCGCAACAAAUCAUUCAAGUCCUCACCGAGCGAUGCACCCCAAAAGUCGACAUCGAAGCCCGCUGCACCGCCCUCAAAAGUCUCCAGCUCACCUUCGCAGACGUAGCAUCCUCGACAAGCAAAGACCGCGAAGAUCAGAUCUCUAAGAUAGCUCAAGCCCUACAUACCGCUCUCAAUGACUACACGAUCAACGAGCGCGGCGACGUCGGUUCUCUCGUCCGUCUCGAAGCUCUCUGCGCCACAGAAUCGGCCUGGCGAUGUACAUUCCUCGACUCACCCGCCUCCUCGCCGCUCUACGACUCCGUCGUCCGUCUAUCUCUCGAAAAAUUGGACAGGAUCCGCAUGCGUGCAGCUCAGGCUCUCGCUCUGGUCGACGGCGGGUCCUCAUAUAUCUCCCAGAUCGUCACCACCGAAGGCGUGUCCUCGUAUGCAUACUUCAAAGCAUUUCUUGCUCUCCUGCAAUCUAACGUCUCGAAACGUUUCAAAUCCGCCAUCCUCGAAGGCUAUGUCUCAGCAAUGGGCAUGGCGUCCGAGUCUGUCGUGCAGGCAUCCCGCAUGGCGCUCAUCGCCACUCUGACCGACUUCCCCGCAUCCAGCACGUCCAGUCCAGACACGUUCGCAUUGCUCGAAUUCGGUGACUCUCUAGUGGACGUCUAUCAGCAGCAUGUGAGUAACGACAGAGUUCUUCUCCCGCUGAUGGAGAGUCUGACAUUCUUGUUCGACAUGCGUGUCAUGUGUCGCCUUGCCAGUACGGAGUUUAAGUGGCGUACGCUACUUAGCUUGGUACAGAAGAGUCACUUCAAGUCGACGCAAAUGCAUAAGCUGUGUUUGGCUUUGGAGCUGUAUCGUGGGCUUGCAGAGGUUGAGAGUAUUAGGGCAUUAGUGCUGAUUAAGAUAAAGAGCAUGCUUGUCCAUCCGUUUCCUAAGAUUCGGGUUGCAGCCGCUGAGGCUCUCUACUGCAUCACCCAGAACGGUGAGCUCGAGAAAUAUGACUGGUCACAGUCUCCAGUACGAUUAAAAACAAUUGUCGAGAAAAUAAAUGCCGUUUGA